CAGACAGAGGUCCUUGUGUGCACAGCCUUAAGACGUGCAGCCCAGGCUGCAGUGGCCACUGCUUUCUGACCCAGUCACUGCAGCCAGCAGCAGCAGUAUGGGAUUUUGGGGUACCUACCUGCUCUUCUGCCUCUUCUCCUUCCUGUCCCAGGCCACUACAGAGUCACCCACCCCCAAGACCAAGAAGGCUGCAACUGCCAAGAAAGAUUUGGUGAGCCCAAAGAUGUUUGAGGAGCUCAAGAACAGGUUGGAUGUCCUGGCCCAGGAGGUGGCCCUGCUGAAGGAGAAGCAGGCCUUACAGACUGUGUGCCUGAAGGGCACCAAGGUGAACUUGAAGUGCCUCCUGGCCUUCACCCAACCGAAGACCUUCCAUGAGGCGAGCGAGGACUGCAUCUCACAAGGGGGCACGCUGGGCACGCCGCAGUCUGAGCUAGAGAAUGAGGCGCUGUUCGAGUAUGCGCGCCAGAGCGUGGGCAGCGAGGCGGAGCUCUGGCUGGGUCUCAACGACAUGGCUUCGGAAGGCGCCUGGGUGGACAUGACCGGCGGCCGCCUGGCCUACAAGAACUGGGAGACGGAGAUUACGACGCAACCCGACGGCGGCAAAGCCGAGAACUGCGCCGCCCUCUCCGGCGCAGCCAACGGCAAGUGGUUCGACAAGCGAUGUCGCGAUCAGUUGCCCUACAUCUGCCAGUUUGCCAUUGUGUAGCCCAGCCUUUUCUAUCUCGGCCCUCCGGGGCUGGGCCUGGGCCAGGGAGGGGUGUGAACCGCAAAGAGCAGACCGCUGCUCAUGGGUGGGGCUUUGUAGGCUUGCUGUGUGGGCGGGGUGUCGGUGGGCUGAGCUGAGUGGGGCGGGCCUGGUGCUUCUCAGGGAGAGACAAGUUGUUGCAGAGCCCAGAGGGGCGCGGAGACUUUUCUGUCCCUCUCUCUGCUUGUUUUUUUUUUUUUUUUUUUGCAAAUAAAGUUGGUGCAGAAUUCCUGAA